CCCACAUCAUUCACUCCGGCUGUGCGUAAAAGUGCCGUGUGCGCAAAAAGAGCGUUAAUGGAUGGUCGAUGGAUGGUUAAUGGAUCCCCGUGGCGCAAUGGCGCAUCAUCAGAGAAGGCGCGCUGCUGUUGUCUCUUUCGGCAUUUAAAAUAAUCCAGCAGAGAGGUGCAGACUACCUGCACGCACAUACUUCUUAUUAGCUGGAACCCAGACUGAAAGGAUUCAGCUUUUGUUAUUUUUAUGCAGAAGCCUUUGGGGUGAAAUAACGCACUGAUGGAGAUAGUUAAGCUUGUUCUGAUACUCGUGCUGCUUCUGACAAACGUUUUCUGUCAAAGAAUUGAAGUUGACAGUUGGACAGAAAGCGGCGAAGAGAACAAGUGGCCCAACUCUGGAGUAAUUCAAGACAUAUUAGUGAGAAUGAUCAGAAAACCAGGACCACGCCAAUAUCUCGGACUCAUGGGGAAGAAAGACUCUGCAAAAACGCAGACAGCUCGUAAACGGCACAAAUUUCAAACCUUUGUGGGUCUGAUGGGUAAAAGGAGUUUUGAGGAUCAAGGAGCCCUGUGAGCUGCACAGAGGACUGAAGUUUACUGAAGAAAACUACAUUUGUUUUGUUGUUUUGUUUCAUUUCAGAUCGACUACAAAAAAAUGUUUUAUUUUGUUGAGUCAUUCUGUCAUUGUCUCAUAAAAAUGUCACAUCUAACAGUGGAGUUUGGCGCCGUUGGCAAUGCUGAUGACACGUUUAGGCAACCAGUGACAUCUAGUGGGGAAAAUAAAGUGGGGAAAAAAACACUGGAAAUAUUAAAUGAUCACUAAAACUUAAUGUAACGGUAGUAAAAUAGUGUCAUGUAAAAUCACCAUCAUUUUAAACUAACUGUCUGCAUCAUUUCCCACAAUAAAACCAAUUCACUUCUCAAUAUCAUCACAGGUUUAUUAAGUGACUUUGUACAAUACAAAUGAAAAAUAAAAUUAAAAAUAUAGAGAUGGAGUACAUAGCCAAAGCAAAUUGCGGUGUUGACUCUUCAUUUCCCACUGACCCAUUUCCGCAGAGUGACUGAAAUAUUGUUUUCUUUUCCAACACGUCCAGGAUCACUGUUAUAUGUGAAAGUGUGGUUGUUUGUUUUUUUGAUUUCAAACAGUGGACGCUGCUGUCAAGUCUCUGAGAGUUUUCUAAACAUACAAAAGAAGUUAUUACUUCAGCUGGCUCGGUAUAUAUAAAAAUAAACUAAAGUGAAAUAUAACACUUAUGACAUUAUAAAUGGUGGUCCAAGGCUAGUGGAGAUAGCAAAACAUAGAGGAAAAAGAAAGCGUUACAUUUCAGAAAAAAAAGAAGCUUUAGCCAUAUUUUUUUU